AUUGGGUCGGAAGUGCUUCAGAGUAAGACCUAACGGUGAAAUCCGGCAGGUCGGACUCCACAAAGAGGAUAUAUAAAUAUAUAAAUCACUGAGAUAUGAAGUAUACUUUAAGAUAUACUGUAUUAUGAAUGUUUCGACGUAGUAUCAACAUAUCUCGGCCGCUAACGUCAGCUAGCUCGCUCGCUGAUUCAUAGGUAGAGGAAGCUAAAGCUCAGUCAACAACUCGCACAGAAUGAAGAGGGCGCUCUCCAUGUCGGCGUCCUCCAGAGCCAGCGAUAAAAGGAUUAAAUUCUCCCAGUCCGAAGUGCAGAUGCUGAUCAAGCAGGAGGUUCUCAGCGCAGUGAGACAGAAGGAAAACAAGAUGCAGGGUUUAUUAGAAGCUAUUCAACAGCUGGAUCAUGAAAGCGACUAUGAAAGGUCCAUCCAAAAACUGGAGGCUCGAAUUAACAUGGUGACAAAGAGAGCAGAGGCAGCUCUCGCCUGCAUGACAGAGACAAAGAAAAAGAGGCCACCGCCUUCUCCUGUUAGCCUGGAUACCACCGGGUCAGACUCUGAGGAUGAAACCAUGGAAACCGUGUCACAGAACAAAGAGCUCAUGAAGCGCAUGGACACGAGUGGAAAGCGCUUUGAAAUGAUGGAAACCACAAGAAAGACACUCCAAAUGACCAAAGACGAUAACAAAGAAGAUUUAGGUGAAGUGCUCCAGUCUCCUCCAACUCCUACAGACACUUCAGAUCCGCCAGACGCGCAGGAAAAGGAAAAUGUCGAGGAUUGCACACAAGUUGAGGAGCCAAAGGCCAAAAGGGUGAAAACAGAAAGUAUCUCUCCUGGCCACAGUAGCAGUCCCAAGCACCCAGAAGCAAAGCAGCCUUCUUAUCCUCGUCUUCCGCCCACCCCGUUCCCCUCCGACCUCAGCAUGGAGGCAGCCUCAUACAACAUCCCCCAGAGGCCGGUAGUACAGCUGGCUCUCAUCAAGAAUCCCCGCAGCCUCUCUGUGCUCUGGACGCUGGAGGGGGACGACCCCUGUGCACCGCCCAUGGAUAGUUACAGCAUCUUACUAACCAUGGAAAAGGUUAAGGGUUCCAGCAUCUUCCCAAAAUGGAAUACCCUUGACGAGGUGAAGGCCAUCCCUCUGCCCAUGUGUGUAAUGAUCACCAAGUUCAAGGCCGGGCACAAGGUGUGUGUUGCUGUGGUGGGCAAAGACAAGUUUGGCCGGUACGGACCUUACAGUAAAGUUGUAACCGCAGCCAUACCUGAGUAGAAGAGGAUAUGGGAUCAAGGCAGAGACGACACGAGCAGCUCGGGAUUCACCCACUCUUUCUACGUUUUUUUUUUUUUUACUAAACUAAAUAAUAAUACACCAAACUAUAAUACAUUUUUUGAUUUUGUUUUCUGUUUUAUACAAUAAACGUUCACAUUAUUUGGCUGCUGGUCAAAGAAGGUUUCAAAUGACACCAUAAUCGCUGCAUUUAAAUUUUGCACUGUACAAUUGAUAAACUUUACAAGUGGCUGUUCUCAUGAGGUUCAGACAUAGAACGACAUUAAUCAGAGUCACAGGGUACCAACUGCCAUCACGGUUGACUUUUGAACCAUGCAGUGCUUCUUUUUGUUUAGUGCUCACGCACACACACUUAACCCGCGGUCAUGCUCAGAUGUUUACUUUUCCUACUUGAUAGCGCUCUGCUUGCUUGCUUGCCAGCUGGCAGCAGUCAACCGUCUUCUUCUUUCUCUCGCUCUGCCUGGAGGUCUUACAUUCAGUGGGCGUAAAUAA